AGGUUGAACGUCUCUUAUGUUUUCUACAGAAAGAGGAACCUGGAGCAGGUCUGGAGGCAGAGACACACGAAAUAUGAAUGUGACACACCCUGAGAAUGAAAUCACUCUUAGGAGAAAGAAAGAAAACAGUCAGAUGUUCAACCAUAACAGACUGAAGAUCAUCAGUGAAGCUGAAGAUCCUCCUCAUCUUCACGAUCUUCCUAAUCUCAGGAGGAUGAUCCCAUAGGCUGGUUACAUCGUACAGGACUGACCUUGGAGAACGGUGGACUGGAGUUUAUAUGAACAUCACUGAGACUGAAGUUUAGACCAGAAUGAAGAUUCUCCUCAUCUUCAUCCUCCACCUGAUCUCAGGUGGAGCGGCCGGUAUUGAUGUGAUCGGCUUUCCAGGAGGAAGAGUUACAAUCUCCUGUAACUACGAUGACUAUGGAAGGGCAAAGACACAUAUAUGCAAAAUGAAAACACAAACUGAGUGUGAAUAUAUUACAGUUAUUAAGUAUGAACAGUGUAACACAUGGAUUCAGAAAGACAGAUUUGAUAUAAUUAAUGACUGUUCCAGAGCCCUCACAGUGACCAUCAGACAGCUGAGCUCAGAGGAUGCUGGAACAUAUCAGUGUGGAGAGGUUGGGAGGUGGAGUCAUCAGUUUAACCUCCAAGUGAUCAGAGAUCCAUGUUGUUUGGGACCAAGGACUGUGUUUGGUCAUCUGGGAGAGACUUUCACCAUCAGCUGUUCAUAUCCAGAGCAGUUUGAGAGACACAGCAAGUACUUCUACAAACUUGAUGGUCAUCGUAUUCCUACAAUGAUCGACACCACAGAGACUCAGAGAGGCAGAUUCUCCAUCUCUGAUGACAGAAGCUCUAAAGUUGUCAGUGUGAGAAUCAGUGAUGUGAGAGAAGAUGAUGGAGGAGUUUAUUACUGUGCAGUGUUGAGUGGAGGAGACUCAGUCAGUUAUUACUCCCUCUACACAGAGACUCAGCUACAGGUCACUGAGAAAUCCACCACAGGGACACCAGAUUCCACUAAUACCAUCAUUGUGUGUGUCUGUGUGGCUCUGCUGCUGCUGCUGAUUGGAGGAUUAAUUUCUCCUGCUGUGUGCGACUAUGAAGAGAUUAAGGAUAGGAAACCACAAUCAGACUCCAAAUCUACUCCACGUUAUGCUGCUGUCCAACCACCUACAAUUUCCUCUGAUCCCCUAAACUCUGUAUAUGCCACUGCCCGACACCCCACAGUGCCAUCUGAUCCCCCAAACCCUGUGUAUGCUACAGCACAGUUACCCACAAUUCCCUCUGAUCCCCUAAACUCUGUAUAUGCCACUGCCCAACACCCCACAGUGCCAUCUGAUCCCCCAAACCUUGUGUAUGCUACAGCACAGUUACCCACAAUUCCCUCUGAUCCCCUAAACUCUGUAUAUGCCACUGCCCAACACCCCACAGUGCCAUCUGAUCCCCCAAACCUUGUGUAUGCUACAGUAGAGUUACCCACAAUGCCCUCUGAUCCCCCAAACCCUGUGUAUGCUACAGUACAGUAA